AUGAACGGAAGAGUGGAUUACGUGGUUACCGAAGAAGAGAUCAAUCUCACCAGAGGACCGUCAGGGCUGGGCUUCAACAUCGUCGGUGGGACAGAUCAGCAGUAUGUCUCCAAUGACAGUGGCAUCUUCGUCAGCCGCAUCAAAGAGAACGGGGCUGCAGCCCUGGAUGGGCGGCUCCAGGAGGGUGAUAAGAUCCUCUCGGUCAAUGGCCAAGACCUAAAGAACCUGCUGCACCAGGAUGCUGUAGACCUCUUCCGUAACGCAGGCUAUGCUGUGUCCCUGAGAGUACAACACAGGUUACAGGUGCAGAAUGGGCCCAUAGGACCUCAAGGUGAAGGGGAGCCAAGUGGCAUUCCCAUAGCUAUGGUGCUGGUGCCAGUGUUUGCCCUCACCGUGGUAGCAGCCUGGGCCUUCAUGAGAUACUGGCAACGACAUUGA